GAGCAGUGGGAGGAGCCACUAUGCAGUCGUCAACAUCUGCAGACUGGUUUGCUGAAAAGGCCAUUGAUGGUAAUCGAGGUCUCCAGCAGUUGAAUACGGGAUGUUCCUCAACACUUAAUGAGACUAACCCAUGGUGGAGGCUGGAUCUGCAUGAUGUCUACAGAGUUAGUGAAGUGGUCAUCACUAAUAGAAAAAACUGUUGUGCAGAAUGGAUAAACGGAGCAGAGAUUCACAUCGGAAACUCUUUGGAGAACAACGGCACCAACAAUCCCAUAUGUGCUGUUAUUCCUGAUAUUCCAGCAGGAAAGUCCAACAACUACUCGUGUAAUAGAUUGGAGGGACGUUAUGUGAUCAUUCAUAUUCCUGGAGACUGGAAGAUACUUACUCUUUGUGAGGUUGAAGUCUACGGGUAUUUGGCAGGUAAUUCAUUGUUGUAA